AUGGCUGGAUCUGGAGGAAGGGAACUCAAGGCACCAGCCUUCAAUGGUGAAAAUUUUGAUUUCUUGCAAAUCAAAAUGAAAACCAUCUUCCGUUCGCACGAUCUGUGGGAUCUUGUGGAGAAUGGGUACAAAACUCCGACGAAAGAGGAGGAGGAGCUCACAGAGGCAGAGAGGAAGCUGAUGAGUGGGAAAGUGGUGAAGGAUGCUAGAGCUCUGGGUAUUAUCCAAGGGGCUGUAUUAGACCAAAUUUUUUCAAGAAUAGCAACUCAGGAAACUGCAAAGGCUGUGUGGGAUAUUCUGAAGCAAGAAUUUGUUGCUGUGAUAAAGAACAGAAAAGAUCUAGACACUAUUGAUGCUCAGGAUGUUGUUGCUAUUUUAAAAGGAUAUGAGCAGAGGCUUGAUAGGCACGGUGACAACAGUGCAGAGAAAGCAUUUGCUAGCUUAAACGUUGGAUCAAAGUCAGCUCGGUCUAAUGGUCACACCAGUAAGUCUCAGAAGAAUGUCAAACCACAAGGGCAGCAAUGGGGCAACAAGGGUGAUGGGGGUAAUAAGACUUAUCCCUUUAUGAAAAAUGAGAUAGACAAUACUGGGAAUAAAUGCAAAUUCUGUGAUAAAUUGCAUUAUGGAGAGUGUUGGCUUAAGAAUAAGGUCAAGUGUCACAAGUGUAACAAAAUUGGGCACAUUGCAAGGUACUGUCAUACAAACAAGGCUGUGCAACAGGUGAACUUUGCUAACCAAGUUGAAGAACCUGGAAAUUUAUUUUAUGCUAAUCACUCUGGAGAGGAUAGAAGAAGAAUAGGUGAUGAGUGGUGUAUUGAUAGUGGUUGCAGCAACCACAUGACAUCAAGGGCUGAUUUGCUUCUGGAUAUUGACAAAAGGGUGAAAGCCACGGUUCAGGUAGGCACUGGUGCUUUGGUUGAUGUGGCAAGAAAGGGGACUUCGGUUAUUGAUACAAUGACAGGGAGAUAG